AUGGGAGUCAAUAUAGCGUGUGUACAGGAGACUAGGUGGGUAGGGUCUAGGGCGAGGUAUGCUGACGGGUAUAAGCUUUGGUACUCCGGAGUCCGGAAAGGUAAGAAUGGAGUGGGUAUCUUGGUGGAUGAGGAACUUAGAGAGUCGGUGGUUGAGGUUAGACGGGUGAAUGACAGAUUGAUGACUAUUAAGUUGGUGGUUGGAGAGUGCACCCUAAACAUCGUUAGCAUCUACGCCCUGCAUGCGGGCCGGGAUGAGGAGGUUAAACGGCGAUUCUGGGAGGGGUUAGAUAAGAUUGUGCUUCAAGUCCCGCCUAUUGAGAGACUAUUUAUAAGAGGGGGUUUCAAUGGUCAUAUUGGGUCGACCGCAUGCGGCUAUGGUGAGGUGCAUGGAGGCUUAGGUUUUGGGGAGAGGAACGGAGGAGGUACUUCCCUGUUAGACUUUGCUAAGGCGUUUGGGUUGGUGAUUGCGAACUCUAGCUUUCCAAAGAGAGGGGAACAUUUGGUGCGGUUCCCACUAAGGUUAGGGGAAUCCGCUUCUGCGGACAAGAAUUGUGUACCUGCGAAUGCGUGCGUGCGGAAUAUUUCUGCUUCUGCGAUGCCAGGGCCGGCUAUCCCCUUUCGCUUCUCCGGUGCUUCCCUCGCACCAGCGAUAUCACUCCCUAGCGUAUUGUCUGCACCUGCGGACGUAGCUAGCCUAACCAACUAUUGA